UGGACAGAGACGUGGCGCAGCUUCGUCAUCAUCGUUUUAAAAAAAGAGGCGGCUCGCUGAUGGCCGCACGGAGACAGAAACAGGCGGCCUGAUGUUCAUUCACUCUGAAACCCGGGUUAAAAACUAGAUAUUCCCGAUCUCCCAAGUGAACGGCCAGCAUAAAUGACUGAACUUUUAUGAUUAUCCUGAAAUCAUCUCCGUUCUGACGGAGGCCUACUAGUUUGGCGCCAUGUACUUGACCUGCUGAAGAUGAGGGCCGCGGGAGCGCCAUGUUUGAAACCGCUGCGUUUGUUUUUCGCAGCAGAAGAGGAGCGAGCGACCAAAGUGUCUCAGCGCGAUUUGUUUGGCUGCUGGCUUCCCUGAAAUAUCUGAGAAGAAAAAAAUGGCGUCUGGAGCUGGCAGCAGAUCGAUUAUCGAUAUUAAGGUGGUCUACAAUGAAGCUGAGGAUCCUGACCCAUCAGUGGUUGGUUUGGUCCAGCAACUGUUCAGAAGACUUCUCAGAAGCGUCUCUGCGGUUUGGAGUCGAAGAUCCGCCCGGAGGAAUGAGCUGCUACACGGUGACCCUGCCAGGCCCCGGGCCCUGGGGCUUCAGGCUGCAGGGGGGCAAGGACUUCAACAUGCCGCUGACCGUCUCCAGGAUCACGCCGGGCAGCAAGGCGGCGCAGGGGAACCUGAUCCAGGGUGACGUCAUCGUGGCCAUCGACGGCGUCGGCACCGAGGGGAUGACCCACCUGGAGGCCCAGAACAAGAUAAAGAUGGCGCACCACAGCCUGGCGCUCACCAUGACCAAGUCGAAGCGUCCCGUUCCCAUGGCGAUGCCCAGAAUGGACGCCGUGAUUCCCAUGAUCCCUCACCAGCAGGUAAACGGCCGUGCGUCGGCGCCGCCCCAGCCUGCGGCGGCUGGCUCUCCAGGACGGAGCGGCGCGCCGCCCAGCCCCCGCCACCGGGGGCAGUAUAACUCCCCCAUCGGCCUGUACUCAGAGGAGACUCUGAGGGAGAUGGCGGCCAUGCAGGCGGGUCGUGUUUCUGUUAGCGACCGGCUGGUGGACAGCGCCUCUCCGGUCUACCAGGCGGUCCGGACCACAGACCAGAACCAGAGCAACUGGAGCCGCCCCAGUGCCCAGUCCAAGACCUUCCAGCUGCUGGCCCACCUGACCCACACGGAGCCCACUCAGCAGCAGGAUGAGGAGGAGGAGGAAGAGGUGAUGAAGAAGAGCAGCCAGUACGGGAUGGCCCCGCCCACGCACCAGGCUCCGCCCCCUCAGCAGUACCAGCCGAUGCCCCCGCUCUACCAGCAGCCCCCCCCUCUCCAAACCCCUCCCACCCAGCAGAGCUCCAUCCAGAUCCCCGUUGGCUCCGCCCCCCCAAAGGUGGUCAGCACGGCCUGCAUCUUCCCCUCCCAGCCAGCUCCAGUCCCGCCCCAGCCCCGCCCUGCAGCAGCCGCCCCGGCCCCGCCCCACGCCGCUCCUUCUCCGGGUUCCUCCACUGCCAACCGACCGCCCUGGGUGACCGACACCAACUUCGCCGAUAAGUUCGACCCAGGAAAGACCACCAGCCCCUCCGUAAAGGUCCAGCCGCUUCCUCAGGCGGCCCCGCCCCCGCCGGCGUACAUCCCUAACCCGUCCCCCGCUGGGCAGCCCGCUCCCAGCCCCGCCCCCGUCACACCAAGCCCCGCCCCUUUCCUUCCUGUGGCGAGGGGAGUGGCUCAAAGAGCAGAGAGGUUUGCCGCCAGCAGCCGCACGCCUCUGUGUUCAGCGUGCAACAGCGUCAUUAGGGGCCCCUUCCUAGUGGCCCUCGGCCGGUCCUGGCACCCCGAGGAGUUCAACUGCCACUACUGCCACGUCUCCCUGGCCGACGUCAGCUUCGUGGAGGAGCAGAACAACGUCUACUGUGAGAACUGCUACGAGGAGUUCUUCGCUCCAACCUGCGCCCGCUGCAACACCAAGAUCAUGGGGGAAGUGAUGCAUGCCCUACGGCAGACGUGGCACACCACCUGCUUCGUGUGCGCCGCCUGCGGGAAACCGUUUGGAAACAGUUUGUUCCACAUGGAGGACGGGGAGCCGUACUGCGAGAAAGAUUACGUCGCCCUGUUCAGCACCAAGUGUCACGGCUGCGACUUUCCGGUGGAGGCUGGAGAUAAGUUCAUCGAGGCUCUGGGCCACACCUGGCACGACACCUGCUUCGUGUGCGCGGUGUGCCACGUGAACCUGGAGGGUCAACCCUUCUACUCCAAGAAGGACAAGCCUCUGUGCAAGAAGCACGCCCACGCCAUCAACGUGUAGAGCUGAGCUGACCAAGCAGCCGCCGUGCUAACCACCUGCUACUGAUGAUGAUGAUGAUGAUGAUGAUUCUGCUUCCAGACAGGAAGUCGUGCUGCUGCAGGCGGCCGGCGGUCAGGUCAGAGACAGCCGGCUCCAUGCUGCGCCUGCAGGGCAAAAUAAUCCCUCAAGUUACAGACGAUGGGUUGAUGCUGGAAAACAAAUUAUUUUUAACGUCACUUUUAGUUGUUUAAUAAAGUUUGAUGUUUUAACAAA